AUGGAGCUUUUCAAGUGUCUGUUUGGUGUUGUGGUGACUGUUGUUUUGGUCUGUGAUGUUACUGCACAGCAUCACUGGAGGCUGCCUGUGCAGCAAACCCAACGUCCUGUCCCUACUAAGCCACCUCAGCGGCAGGUGAAGCUUCCUGCACCUGCAGCUCCCUUUGAUGGGUGUCAUGUGGAGGAGCGUGAGAAGAUAGAGUGUGGCCCUCGAGAUGUCACCCCUGAACAGUGUGAAAACAUAAACUGCUGCUUUGAUGGCCGUCAGUGUUACUAUGGGAAAAAAGUGACUGUGCAGUGUACCAGAGAUGGCCAGUUUGUGGUGGUUGUGUCUCGAGAUGCCACUCUGCCCCAAAUAGAUGUGGAUUCAGUCAGCCUGCUAGAAACAAAUGAUGCCUCCUGCAGCCCCAUCGACACGACCUCUGCCUUUGCCAUCUUUCAGUUCCCUGUGACUAAUUGUGGUACUACAAUCAAGGAGGAAGAGGGUUAUGUUGUGUAUGAGAACCACAUGUCGUCUUCAUAUGAAGUGGGAGUUGGCCCCAGAGGCUCAAUCACCAGGGACAGUCAUUUUGAGCUGCUCUUCCAGUGUAGAUACUCUGGUACAGCUGUGGAAGCUCUCGUCAUGGAGGUGAAUGCUGUUCCUCCACCUGUGCCGGUCGCUGCAGCAGGACCCCUCAGAAUGGAGCUCAGGCUGGGUAACGGACAGUGUCACACAAAGGGAUGUGUGGAGGAGGAGGCAGCAUAUCGCUCUUUCUACAGCCCAGAGGACUAUCCAAUCACUAAAGAGCUGAGGGAACCAGUUUAUAUUGAGGUACACAUCCUGGACAGGUCAGAUCCAAGCCUCAUCUUGAAUCUUGAACACUGCUGGGCCACAUCCACCCCAAAUGCUCACAGCCUGCCACAGUGGGACCUUCUGGUUGAUGGAUGUCCUUACCAUGAUGACCGCUACCUGACCACUGUGGUGCCUGUGGACGGCUCCUUUGGUCUCUAUUACCCAACGCACCACAAACGUUUUGCUGUUAAAAUGUUCACAUUUGUGGAUAAAAACUCCUAUACUCCUCAGAAGGACAUGGUGUUCAUCCACUGUGCUGCAGCGGUGUGCUAUCCAAGCAGCACAAACUCCUGUGAACAACCAUGCCACCGGCAACGAAGAGCUGUAACUGCAGCGAGGAAAGUCUCUAGCCAGAGGGCCCUGGUCUCAAGUGGAGAGGUAAUCCUGACUAAGCAGAGGACUUCCUCUGCCAUCCAACGGAAAAAUGACUCUUCUGUGACUGUUCCUAACACCAAAUCGAAGAGAUGA